ACCACCUCCUGUUCAUCACCGGAGAGGCGUGCGUGCCAAGACAGUAUGUAUGUCUCGCUAUGGAUCCUGAUGACAUAGAAGAGCUGGCAAUGGAGUUUCAAGGGAAGACUAUUGGUGGCUGGGGCCUCGUGCAGCUUGCAGCAGGCACAGGUUUUGCUGCCUAUGUUAUGUGGGCAGGAGUUCUCAUGCCUGGCUUCUGCAGAGUGCCUUUAAAGUUACAGGAGGAAGCUGCAUUGAAGAUGAUGAAAGGAACAUGUCUGAACAUGCAGGAUCUUCAGAUUAUGAACAAACAGGAAAAUGAAGGUGAAGAUGACUGAGUUAGCUGCAGAAGCCAAUAUUAAGUUUCUCAUGUUGACCUGACUGAUAUAGUCGAUGUAAAUUUUUUAAAUUUAAUUUAACUAUUUUUGUUAAAAACUAUUU